ACUGGCUGUUUUUUUUUUUUGGGGGGGGGGGACCACAGGGAGCCUUCGACGCCGCGGAUAUGAAUUGAAAAGAAACACUGGAUGAGGCAGGGAUCGUGUUCCUAUAGCCCGAAAAUUUACUGUAAAGGUGGAAAACUAGCCCCCCCCAAACCCUCCUCUCUCCCUGACAGUUCUUAUUCAGAUAGAGCUACACCCAAAGCCCCGACCGACCCCCUCCUGCUCCUGCUGCUCCACCCCUCCGCCGCUGCACCGCUCCGGCAACCGAGAUGCACACGGAGACCCGUAACAAGAAAUGCCAGUCAACUCCAAAGCAGAAGAAGAGUGUCGUCAGUGCCCGGAAGAGGAAGAGGAGCCCAGCCAAGCAGAGCUCUUUGACCCAACAAGAACCACCACCUUCCUCCUCAUCACCUCUGCCUCCUGCAGCCCAGGAAGAGGAGAAGAAAGAGGAGCCGGCGACCAGGCCACAGCCGACGCAGAGGGAGAAGGGGGAAUUGGGCGAGGAGGCGCUGAAGGAAGUGGCGACACAGUCUGUGAGGGUGAAGGAGGAAGAAAAGAAAGCAGAGGAGGAGGGCGAGAAAGACAUGCCAUCUGUACAGAUCAAACCAGAGCCAGAGGAGAUGGAGUGCACGCAGGCAGAUGUAGGCAAUGACUGCUCACAGCCGACAGACCUGAAGGUGAAGAAAGAGUGCAAGACAGAGCCCUCUUCGCCUCAUCCGAGCCCAACCGAGGACCAGACUGAGCCUGUCGACCUCUCGCUCAACAAACCUCGCUCCGCUUGUACAACAAGCACCACAGUCAAUCCAGCACCCAGUAGUGCUGUGACCCAGCCCACCCUGUCAGCCACACCAGUCCCCUCUGCGGUACAAUCGAUAGGCUCCAUGGUCCUCUCUCCAGGCUCCAUCUUAGCCACACAGGGCGCCGGAGGCCAGCAGAUUCUCCAUGUUAUCCAUACAAUCCCCUCGGUGACCAUGCCCAGCAAGGUGGGCCAGCUGCAGACCAUCCCCGUGGUGGUGCAGUCGCUGCCUGUUGUCUACACUGUGCCUACUGACGGUGUCGCCACAGCAGCCAUUACCGUGCCGCUCAUAGGCAGUGAUGGGCGCUCUGAAGGAUCUGUUCGGAUCAAGCCAGGUUCAACAUCCCCGGUGGAGUAUCAAAGUGACAGCGACGCAGAGAGCGGCACAGAGUCUGGAUCAGCCUCCAUCAGCACCCAGAGCCUUGAUGCAGGGUCGGUUAUGGACCUGGAGCCCGUCGACCCAGAUUCACCAGACAUCAAGAGGCGGCGGAUCCACAUGUGCGACUAUGAAGGCUGCAAAAAAGUUUACACCAAGAGCUCCCACCUCAAAGCCCACAGGAGGAUACACACAGGAGAGAAGCCCUACCACUGUACCUGGGAAGGCUGCACCUGGCGCUUCGCCCGCUCUGACGAGCUGACCCGACACUUUCGCAAGCACACAGGAAUCAAACCUUUCCGCUGCACCGAAUGCGACCGCUCCUUCUCCCGGUCUGACCACCUCUCCCUGCACCGCCGCCGCCACGUGAUGAUGUGAACUCUGACCCCAGCCCCGCCCCUGAUGCCCCCGGCUCCCUAUCAAACUGACCUCUGACCCUUUGAUAUCUCAAACCCCCUCACAGCACAUCUUGUACCAGUGCCCCUCACCUCACACAGUACUUCGUGUUUCCCUCUGCUCUCCUGUGGGAUUUUAAACCCAACUUGCAGAUAGAAUAAAGGACCUUUCCUCCUCCUCCUCUUCUUCAUCUCAGAGUCACAGGAUAAUUGUGUGUGUGUUUGUUCGGUGGUGGUAACGCAAUUUUUUUUUUUUUUGCUGUGGUUAUCAUCAUUACCGUCCACCCCAAAGCAGUCCUCUCUACCAUCCUCCAACUCAGUCACAUAAGAUGUCACACAAGAUGUUGCUUUCUCAGAAAGAGAAGGAUGGACUGAAGGGCAUCCAGCAGCAGGGACUCUCAUCCAUUCAUUCAUCCAUCCAUUCAUCCAUCCAACCAUCACAUGCAACAGUCCAUCCAAAAGGCGAAGAGGUAGAGGAGGAGACACACAGAUGUCACUUCAGCUGCUCUUUUCUUGGUUAACAGUUUUAUUCUAUACAUAUCCCGAGUUUGGAAUUUAUGUGACUCCAAAAUUUAUUUUCUUGAAGGAUUCUUGGAAGCAAAGGUGACUUCCGAGGGUGCUGUGUCCCCACCACAACUUUUCCAGGAACCCUUUUAGGGACUCGGGAACUUUGAAUUUCUUUCUACCCCAGCUGUAUUGACUUGAGGAUCCAUGGCAAAAAAAAAAAAAAAAAAAUUGGCAAAUGUGAUCAUAUUAAGGGACUUUCUGAUGAAGUAACAGGUAAAUAAUUCUGUGUGUUUGACCGUUUGCUUCACAGCCUCCUUUCAGCAUUUAUAAGCAGCAUAUAAACGUCCAAUCACAGCUUGCUAAACACUUCUUGAGUUUUUAUAGAAUGUCUGUCUUACUAUGGCCAUUCAUAAAUAGAUGUUUAUCACGGCAACUUAUGACAAUAUAAAAUAUCUUCACGGGAGAAGUUCGGAUUGUCGACAAACUCUUCAAAUAUCAUUGUAGCUACUUAAAGUUAAAUGACUGUAAACUGCUUUAAAAAUGCUGAAUAUUGGGUCUGUCUUCAGAUUUCAAGGUGCAGUGGAUUCAGAGGAAUAGUGUAGUUCCUGGGGUUCUUUAGUUCCUGGUAUUGUUUGUAAAAGGGGUGCAAAAUAACCAAAACAUAGUUAUCAUAAAUUUGGAUAAGGUAUUUAGUUAACUGUGCAUAUCAGUGUGUGAGUCUGUGUUUGUGCUUGCAUGUAUUUUAUUCACAGCAGCUGAAGUGACGUCAAAAGCAUCAACAUGUCUGAGGCUACCCCACCCACCC